AUGCAGUGUCAUCCCAGAUCUGUGAGCCUCACCGCUGGUCAGCAAGAUGUCCACAAGUUCUGCUACCAUGCUUGGGCCAACUGGGCAAUGCAUAUUCCAACAGAAGAAGGGUCGGCCUUUCCCACUGAGAACCAGGACCUGCAGCCGCGACCUUUGCCUUUGGGUCUGUGCGAUCAUGUCGUUGCUUCCGAUGAGAGUCAGGGGCAGAUGGACGGUGUUCCGGAACCAUUACUUGGAGCUGAUGCCGCCCUUGCUGUGGAAUCUCGACGGUUCCUGCCUCAUCAAACCUUCCAGGAAUUCUAUGAGAUGUAUGUGAACUGGAGCGAAGAUCCAGUUCACUUGAGCUCUUUCCGCCGCAUCUACAUGAAGUCAACAUGGCAGGACAAGCUGCGCAUAGCUGACUCGCAACACCAUGGCAAAUGCAGCACAUGUGAGCGGCUGAAGAUGUUGAGAAAACAAGUCACCACAUCAACACAGGAGAAGCAAGUCCAAGAAGCGCACUCUGGUCAUGUCAAGAGCGUGAUGCUGGAUCGCAACUGUGAUGCCUUGGCGCAGCAAUUGGGAGCUGAUUCGGUGCAGGUCUGUGGCGGUGUCCCGAAAAUUCCUAAUAGGGAGCGAGCUUUGCUGUCCUGGACCCAAGACUCGAUGGAUCAGGCGAAGUUCCGAUGCCCAAGGCACGUCUCCAUGGCCAAGGUUCUCGCCGAUUCCUGGCGCCCUCAACUGGCAGCUCAUGGCAUCAUCAUUGACGGAGUUGGCAAAAUGCUUUUUCUGGCAGAUAUGGAUGUCGGAAAAGGUGCAGACGUUCAGUGCACAGUGACGUGCCGUGCGUUAGAGGUGGUGGCUGAGCGCCUGGCUGAUCGUGGUGUGGAUAUGCCGUUGCAUUUUCGCUGCGUCAGUGACAACGCCACGUCCGACAGCAAAAACAACACUUUUCUGAAGCUUUUGGGCAUCUUGACAGCCCGCGGCAGAGUGAAUUCGGCCGUCUUUUGUCAAGGCCGUGUAGGUCAUACCCACAGCCGCCAGGAUGCUAGCUUCAGCCAUGUGGCGACAGUGUUGUCCAAGGCGCAGACACUCCAGGAUCCGCAAGCCUUCAAGGAAAGGAUCGAAUUCAAUUUGAUGGAUUACCAUGUGGAGCUCCUGCAAGCAGCCAUGGACUUUCAGGCUUGGUUGUUUCCUGUUGGGACCCGGAUCACUGGAUUCAAUCAGACAAAGGAGGCCACGAAGCAAAAUUUGGAGGCAUGUCACUCGUACAAGUUGGUCCGGAGGGAGUGCUUGCCGGAAAAGUGGCGAUCUUUGGUCGUUACUGCUCCUUUCCUUUCGCACCUGGAGGCCCAUCCCAGAGACGUGAUCCUGUUCUCGAAGCAAUAUAUGGCUUCGUCUCAGCUGAGCCAGAAACCGAUGCUCUACAUGCCUUGGGAACUGGUUUCGAAGCUAUCUCCCAAACCAAUGCCAGAACCCAUCCCUCGACACUGCUUCAGUGAGCGCCAAGCGAAAGAAUUCUUGAAAACUGCUUCCCUCAUGGAGUCUUGGAAAUACAAAGAUUCUGCUCUCUACCUGCAAAAUUUGGUUCGCAACAACCAGCAGGGAUCCUCGCCUUCUUGGGCUUUGCCUCCUGUGAAGUGGGUCUUCCAGAUUGACACGGACGAAGGAAAGGUUUGUGUGGAAGGAUUGGCUGAUCAGCUGGAUCUGGGCUUUGCCUUCACAUCACCUUUGGACAUCACUGUUGUGAAGGAUGCCAAGCCAGCCAAAAAGAACGCAAAGCCAGAAGCCAACGUGCAGGGAGCACCGCCUGGGCACCAUGCCAUUGAGAAAGGGGCUCCGCCCGGCCAACAUCCAGCAGCUCCGCAGCCGGCAGUGGAGCCUGAGGCCAAGGUCAAGGCAGCAGCAGCUCCCAAGGCAACCCGUGGACGAGGAGCCAUGAGUGACAACGUCUCAGUCGAGCGUGUGAAUGCAACAAUUGAAAUCAAUUCCCAUGACGUGGUUGAUGUCUCGGAGCUCUUCAGCAGACCCAGACUGGUUCCACGGUGCCAAUAUUUUAGUUUAGUUGGAGGAGAGUCCUUUGAUAUGAAAGACGAUGAAGAGUUGGAUUUGGGCGGUGUGAACGGCCGUGCAUCUGUAUGGUCUCAUAUCAGACUCUACCAGCCCCGUGUCUUCAUACUCUCUCCUCCCUGUACCCUGUAUUCAGCAUUGAUGCACUUGUGGUGCCGCAGAGCGAUGGGAGAAGACAAAUAUCAAAGACGCCGAGAGGAAGCUGAUCGCCUGCUCUAUUUCGCUGUUGAAAUUGCUGAAUAUCAGCGACGGCAAAAUCUCCACUUCCUGUUUGAGCACCCAGAUGGAGCCAGCAGUUGGGAGACAGGUGCUCUUCGACGCCUCUGCGGACAAGAUGGGGUCCUUGUCAGCCGAUUCGACCAAUGCAGGUUCGGACUAGUAUGCCCUGGCACAGGUGAGCCUAUCAGGAAACGUACUCGCUUCGUGCACAACUUGCCAGACAUUGACCGGGUUUUUGGAAAUGCUUUCUGCACAUGCUCCACCGAUCAUCGGCAAAUACAAGGUUCUGAGGCCGGGGUGCAGCUCUCAUCUCACUGCGAAUCUUACCCGCAGGAGAUGGUUAAUGCGAUGCUGUCUGCCAUCCGAGCAGAAAUCAGUGUCGAAAUGCUGGACUAA